AUGUGUGAAGCUGACAUUUUGGUGAGGGUGGAGGAGAACAAGGAGACUGAGGGAGCAGCAAUUGGAAGGACCCUCAUUCCUCGGUAUUUUAGCACUGUCUUUGAAGGAGGUGUAACAGACCUGUAUUACAUUCUCAAGCACUCAAAAGAGUCAUACCACAACUCAUCCAUCACAGUGGACUGUGAUCAAUGCACCAUGGUCACUCAGCAUGGAAAACCCAUGUUUACCAAGGUAUGCACAGAAGGACGUCUUAUCUUGGAGUUUACUUUUGAUGAUCUUAUGAGAAUAAAAACAUGGCACUUUACUAUUAGACAGUACAGAGAAUUAGUCCCACGCAGCAUUCUAGCCAUGCAUGCACAAGACCCUCAGGUGCUGGAGCAGCUGUCCAAAAACAUCACUCGAAUGGGUCUGACAAACUUCACCCUCAACUACCUCAGGUUGUGUGUAAUUCUGGAGCCAAUGCAGGAACUGAUGUCAAGACAUAAAACUUACAAUCUAAGUCCUCGAGACUGUUUGAAGACUUGCUUGUUUCAAAAAUGGCAGAGAAUGGUGGCCCCACCAGCAGAACCCACAAGACAACCAACAACCAAACGGAGAAAAAGGAAAAACUCUACCAGCAGCACUUCCAACAGCAGUGCUGGGAACAACACAAAUAGUACCAACAGCAAGAAAAAGUCAGCUGCUGCAAACCUGAGUCUAUCAAGUCAGGAUGUGAUGGUGGUAGGAGAACCAACUCUGAUGGGCGGCGAAUUUGGGGAUGAAGACGAAAGGCUUAUCACUAGAUUAGAGAAUACACAGUAUGAUGCAGCAAAUGGCAUGGAUGAUGAAGAAGAUUUCAACAAUUCACCUGCACUGGGAAAUAACAGCCCAUGGAACAGCAAACCUCCUGCUAACCAGGAGACUAAAUCUGAAAACCCCACACCACAAGCUUCCCAAUAGGUUAUUCUACAGCAGUGCCCACUACAACGUAUGUCAGUGGGUUAUUAAUUACUGUUUCACAGCAUUCUGUAAAAAAAAAAUUAAAAAACAUCUUUCAAUGGUUACAGUAUCUAUUUCUAAACUAAAGCUAUCUGAUUUUUUUUAAUUAGGGAAAACUCUUGUAUAAGCUUCCAUACAUUUCUUGGAAGCAUUCACAUACAACAUGAUACUGGCACUGACCUCAAUUAAAAUAAUUGAAAAUUAAAUAGCAUCUCAUGGCAAAUUUCUGACAAUGCAUUUUAUUGGAAGGGGUUAUUUUUUUCCUUAUCAAACAAUGGCCAUAUUUUAACAAGUCAUCAGUGCUCAGGAUCUCAUUAACGUAACUAUGUAAAACUUUUUACGAUUGUAAUAUA